AUGGCCCUGGACAGACUUCCUGGCUGGCUGAAUGCUGUGGCCUGUGGACUCCUGAUUCUCUUCCUCCCUGUACUGGGUAAGGACUCAUUAGAGGCCAGGCCCAUCAGAAACACACACACAGGCCAGGUCCGAGGCAGCCUGGUCCAUGUGAGAGGCACUGAUAUAGGGGUCCACACCUUCCUGGGAAUUCCUUUUGCCAAGCCUCCUGUAGGAGCACUGCGCUUUGCACCGCCUGAGGCCCCUGAGCCAUGGAGUGGUGUGAGAGAAGCGACCUCACAUCCAGCCAGGUGUCUACAAAAUGAUGAUAUAUUGAAUUUAGAGGGUCUGAAGAAGAUAAAGAUGUUUAUGCCUCCCAUGUCUACAUCCGAGGACUGCCUGUACCUCAACAUCUACACACCAGCCCAUGCCCUCAAGGGUUUUAAUCUGCCUGUGAUGGUGUGGAUCCAUGGUGGUUCACUCAUUAUAGGCAUGGCUUCCAUGUAUGAUGGAUCCACACUGGCAGCCACAGAGGAUGUGGUGGUCGUCACUAUCCAGUACCGUCUGGGUAUCCUGGGCUUCUUCAGCACUGGUGACCAGCACGCCAAAGGAAACUGGGGCUUCUUAGACCAAGUGGCCGCCCUACACUGGGUCCAGCAGAACAUCGCCCACUUUGGAGGCAACCCUGACCAGGUCACCAUUUUUGGCAACUCGGCAGGUGGCACAAGUGUGUCUUUCCAUGUUGUAUCCCCAAUGUCCCAAGGACUCUUCCACAGAGCCAUCAUGGAGAGUGGGGUGGCCCUGCUGCCUCGCCUUAUAUCUAACACUUCCGAAGUGAUCUCCACGAUGGUGGCAAAUCUAUCGGCUUGUGCGGCUUCAAACUCAGAGGCCCUGGUGCGCUGCCUAAGAGGCAAGAGUGAAGCAGAAAUUCUGGCUAUUAACAAGGUCUUCAGGAUCAUCCCUGGUGUGGUGGAUGGGGAAUUCCUACCGAGCCAUCCUCAAGAGCUGCUGGCCUCUGCUGAUUUUCACCCUGUCCCCAGCAUCAUUGGUGUCAACAAUGAUGAGUUUGGCUGGAUUCUCCCACUGGUAAGGCCCGGUGCUUCUCAGACAAUAAAGAAAAUAACCAGAAAGACUCUGCAGGCUAUUCUGAAGAAAGCAACAGAAGAGAUGAUGUUGCCUCCUGAGUGUAGUGACCUGUUAAUGGAAGAAUACAUGGGGAACACUAAGGACCCCCAGACCCUCCAAAUACAGUUCACAGACAUGAUAGGGGACUUCUUGAUCGUGAUGCCUGCACUCCAAGUAGCACGUUUUCAGCGUUCCCGUGCCCCAGUCUUCUUCUAUGAGUUUCAGCAUCAGUCCAGAUUUCUCAGGGGUUUCAGGCCACGGCACGUAAAGGCUGACCAUGGUGAUGAGGUUUUCCUUAUCUUUGGAUCCUUCUUCUGGGGCGCCAAAUUUGACCUCACUGUGCAGGAGAAGCUGCUGAGCAGGAGGAUGAUGAAGUACUGGGCCAACUUUGCACGGCAUGGGAACCCCAACACCAAGGGUCUACCCUACUGGCCAGUGUCAAAUCAAGAUGAGCAGUACCUGCAGCUGAACCUCCAACCUUCUGUGAGCUGUGCCCUGAAGGCCAGAAGGUGGCAGUUCUGGACCAAGACACUUCCCCAAAAGAUUCAAGAGCUAGAAGGAGCUCAUGCCAAGAACAAGAAUGUGUAG